GAGACCGGCUCCAGCCGAUCCAAAAUGACUGUCAAAGCUGGAAAGAUGCUGUGCGGCGCUCCCAACGUUUAUACUGAAGUGCCUGAUGGAGGAUGGGGCUGGGCAGUUGCUUUUGCUUUCUUCUUUGUGGAAGCUCUAACGUAUGGCAUUUUAAAAUCGUUUGGGGUCUUCUUCAACGAUCUGAUGGAAAGCUUUGAUGAAACCAACAGCAGGAUCUCCUGGAUAGUAUCCAUAUGUGUGUUUGUGCAGACCUUCACAGCUCCUCUGUCAACAGUUCUCAGCAAUCGCUUUGGUCACCGCUUGGUGGUGAUGGCCGGAGGGGUGCUGAUCAGCACCGGCAUGGUCAUCGCCUCCUUUGCCCGCAAUGUUGUGGACAUGUACGUCACCAUCGGCCUCAUCUCUGGCCUUGGGUACUGCCUCUCUUUCCUCCCGACUGUCACCAUUCUGUCACAGUAUUUUGACAAAAGACGAUCGCUGGUCACAGCAGUGGCAUCUACAGGGGAAUGUUUUGCUGUCUUCUCCUUUGCACCAGCAAUUACUGCUCUGAAGGAGAAGAUUGGCUGGAGGUAUAGCCUCCUUUCUGUCGGGAUGUUGCAGCUGAGCAUUGUCAUCUGCGGCUCGCUCCUGCGACCCAUCAUCAUCAGGGAGCAAGAGGAGGAAGCAGUGAAAGCUCAGCCUCGGGAAGAGCCCACGGAGACAAAGUACAUGCUUGAAAACGAGCAAACACGCACCUCAAUAGAGUCCAUAGACUCAGGAGUAGAAAUAACUACCUCACCCAGCAAUGUGCCUGGAAAAACCAAAGCAGAGCCGAAAAGUGAAGAACCAAAGGAACACGUACAGAUGUUUGUUGAAACUGACAGCACCCCUCCAGAACCAAAAACCAAACUCCUGGACUUCUCUGUGAUGAAAGACUCUAGUUUUAUCUGUUAUGCAUUCUUUGGCCUGUUUGCUACCCUGGGCUUCUUUGCUCCUUCCCUUUACAUCAUUCCCUUGAGCCUCAGCCUCGGCAUCAGCAAAGACCACUCUGCCUACAUCCUGUCAGCCAUGGCGAUCGCGGAGGUCUUCGGAAGGGUCUCGGCUGGUUGGGUGCUCAACAAGAAACCCAUCCGCAAGAUCUACAUCGAGCUCAUCUGCGUCGUUCUGCUGUCUGUAGCGCUGUUUGCCUUCCCUUUUGCCUCUGAGUUCUGGGGCUUGAUGACAUGUAGCAUAUUCUUUGGGUUCAUGCUGGGAACGGUAGCGGGCACACACAUCCCCCUCCUGGCAGAAGAUGAUGUGGUUGGCAUUGAGAAGAUGUCUUCUGCAGCUGGAGUCUAUGUCUUCAUUCAAAGCAUAGCUGGCUUGGCAGGACCACCCCUUGCAGGUGUCUUAGUGGAUACAACACAGAAAUACAGCUCAGCCUUCUACUCCUGUGCUGCUGGCACGGUCCUGGGUGCUGUGUUCCUGUCCCUGGUGAGACCCUGCAAGGUUGGGCUGUGCCAGCAGCGGCAGCAGCAGCAGCAGGGCACAGAGGAGAGCACAGCAGUGGCUGUGGCAGUACCAGACUUGCCAGAUGAUUUUAUUGAAAUGGAUAUUGGGAAAGCAGAAAAUUCAGGAAAAGCCUCUGACAGUGCCCCAUAA